AUGGCCGAAUUAGUAAACAACUUUAGAAUAACAAAUAAAGCUUUAACCAAAUUUCUUUUCAGAGAAUGGAAAAAGGAAUUGCAGGAGAAAAAUCCGAACAUACUGAAAGCUGUUUUACGUUUUGUUGGUUGGAAGUACUUGAUUGUAAUACUACUUGUACUAAUUCAGGAAACAGCUUUAGUUACAGGUCAAGCAUAUUUUGUAGGAUCAGCAGUACAUUAUUUUGAAAACAGACAAGAAUGGAAUCACUACAACGUUUAUGUUACAAUUGCAGGAUUUUUUUCUGUUACUGCGAUUUAUUUGUUUACGCAUAAUACUAAUCUGUUUAUGACAGAAUAUUAUUCAAUGAAACUGAAAAUAGCUUUUUGCACUCUUGUUUAUAGAAAGGCAAUUAGGUUAAGUUCUUCUUCUCUGGAAAAAUCAAAUGUGGGACAAAUGGUAAAUCUUCUAGCUAAUGACGUCGGCAAAUUCCAGAACGUCAACACGAUAUACAGAUCUGAACAUUUCCAAGGUUUACAUAGCAAUUCAGUAUUAGAACAAAAAGUACUUGACUUUGAAUGCAAUCAAGUGAGAGCAAUUUCAACAGGGACAGUUCAAACGAAAUCAAAGGGAAUAGCAACAACAAAUGAUAUUAAAAGAAUUUCUAAAAAAGGAGAUGCUUUCUAUGUUGAAGAUUAA